AUGCUACUGUGGCAGCGCUGUGUUCUUUUUAACUUCUUUAUUUUACCGAGUUUGCCGACUGUAACGUUAGGAUAUUCCGCAGAUGUGGCCAGAAACUUGACAAAACUUCUGUUUAAAACCAAUGCGUACGACAAGACUCUCCGUCCGGCAGUGGAUCAACAUUCUCCCACAGUGUUAGAUGUCGGUUUUCACUUAAUGGGUAAAAAUAAAAUAGACGAGUUAGAUGAGAAACUUGUCACCACGGCUUAUCUGACGCUGAGGUGGAAGGACGAAUUCCUGACGUGGGAUACCUCACCGUUCCCUGUAGGUCGCCUAACUUUACCCCAAAACAUCGUGUGGAAACCGGAUUUUGUGUUGAAAAACGGCUUCACUGAGUUUAAGGAACUUGGAGGUUCGUUCUAUUACGUCAUAGUCUCGCGUGAUGGAAGCAUCGAAUGGAAGCCCUAUCAGGUCUUUGAGUCUCAGUGCUCUAUUGACGUCACGUACUUUCCGUUUGAUACCCAAACCUGCAAUAUCGUUUUCACAAUAUGGUCGCAUUAUUUGCACCAAGUAAAAAUUACGUCAUCUAGAAGCAGCAUUAAAAUGGGCGAAUACAAGAGCAACAGUAUGUGGGACAUUGUUUCUGCGAGCCAAGCUAUAGAUAAUUCCGGUUCUAACAGCUUAAUCACAUUCACCCUAAAGCUUCGACGGAAGCCUGCACAUUUCGUAGGUAACAUCGUCUUUCCUAUUUUGUUUCUGGGGACGUUGAAUAUUCUUGUUUUUAUCAUUCCGGCCGACGCCGGUGAGAAGAUGUCGUACUCUACAACAGUGGCACUAGGAUUCGUGGUUUUUCUAACUAUCGUUAGUUCUGAACUUCCGGCGAAUUCCGAAAAUAAGCCAUAUCUUUCUACUUAUCUGCGUAUUCAGAUAAUCAUCGGCGGGUUCUCACUCAUUGUCUCUUCAAUACAACUACGCUUACGUCACAGAGACGAAGAUCAAAAGGUCAAUGGAUUUCUUAAAAUUUUAGUAAAAUUUUCGCUCUGCAAAUUUUGGAAGUGUCAAAUGGAUAAAGAAGGAACUAUUAUUCCAGAAGAUGUGGUAGAUGAAAAGAAUCCCAAAAAUUCAAUAGACGAUGGACGAGAGAUUUCCUGGAAUGAUGUUUCAUCUGCAGUCGAUUUUCUGAUGUUCUGGGUCUGUUCCUUUGUUUACCUCCUCAGUACAACAAUUGUGUUGGCCAUGAUGACAGCUUAA